UUGGCUUUGGUUCCACGAGAGCAUGCCCCUUCCGAUGCUAGUGAGAAUUCAGAUUCUGAACCUGAAAAUGUUUAUGUAAGGCCUCAGAAUGAUUUUGACUCUAACACCUCUCCUGCACAUUCUCAUCAUGAGUUUGACUGUGAAUCCUCUUCUGCACCAUCCAUUGCAUCUUCGCUUGAAAAUCUUAACCUCGAUUCCUCAUUUGAUGACAACCCUGUUGAUACCCAAUAUGAACCAGAAGAAGAAGCAUUAUUAGAUACAGUUCCAUUAACACCAAUCCUGCAAGAAAUACGACAAUAUAACUACGAGAAUAUUCCAUCUAACAUUCCCUCGCUUCCAUCUAACAUUCCUUCUGUAUCUUCAAUACCAGCCACAUCUAUUACUCCACGAUUAUCUAGAAAAACAAGAUCAAAACAACCAACUGCAUCAGCUGCAAAAAAGGGCAAAACGAAUAAAGAAGAAAGUGCAAUUGACGUAUACUUGGAAAAAAGCGCAAUUUCGCCAUAG